AUGCGUUUUUUUCAGGAAAUACCGGGAAUGACUGUCGGUGUUUCUAAAGAUGUAAGACACGAGAUUCGAACUACUUCCAAUCAAAACUUUACUCAUUUAUUUCGUAGAUUUUGCUCCUCCAGCAGUGUCAAAUUGGAAAAUUGCAAUUCGGUGGAGGAUAAGGUCAGAUUCAAAAGGAGGAAAAGAUUAUUUUGCAACAUUUGUAAGCCAACCGCAUCGUGCUGUCGGGAUGCUCCUGGUGGACUGGAUAUUCCUGGCCGGUCUUGGGGUCUCCAUGGCUGUGCUUUCGCUGAUACUGGACUACGGGAUCAUGUGACAGUGAUGGAAAUUUUCAACAUUACCAAAUAUGAGACAACUAACACUUUGAUGACUUACGCAGCUUGGUUAAUUUACACGAUGGUACUGCUAAUGCUCUCUACAACUAUCGUGCAUUACCUGUCCAUCAAUGCGAUGGGAUCCGGUAUACCUGAGGUGAAGACAAUACUGCAAGGUGUGCAUCUCGAGAAACAUUUAACAUUUCGUACUUUGAUAUCCAAAUUAAUCGGUUUGAUGCUUGCGAUUGGAAGCGGUUUUCCGAUUGGUAAAGAGGGACCUUUUGUGCAUAUGGGUUCCAUAGUGGCACAUUUGAUGAGACGUUUGGUAGAAGGUAUUAAGCCUGCUUAUGCAAACGAGUCCAGAAGUUACGAGUUGCUUGCUGCAGGAUGUGCUGCAGGUGUUGCUGCAACAUUUUCUGCACCUGUUGGAGGAGUUCUCUUCUCAAUUGAAGUGACAACGGCAUAUUUCGCGGUUCGCGAUUACUGGCGCGGAUUCUUUGCGGCUGCCUGCGGUGCAGCAACAUUUUCACUUCUGCGAUUGUGGAUUAAUCCAUUUGAAGUGACAGUGGCAGCACUUUUCCAAACAAAAUUCAGGCAUCUAUCGUAUUACCCCGAGGAACUGCUCAUUUUCGCAUGCAUCGGCGGUAUAUGUGGCUUAGCUGGUGCACUGUUCAUUCUCAUACACCGUCGAUAUGUGUUGUUCCUUCGAAGGAAUAACUUUAUGAAGCGACUCUUUCAAAGACAUUGGAUAGUUUACCCGCUUACGAUCUCAAUCCUUUAUUCAACCAUAACAUAUCCACAUGGUUUAGGACAAUACCUCACUGGACAGACUGUGUUUGCACGCUCAUUACGUGAUUUUUUUGCCAACUGCACAUGGCACGUGAACCCAUUACACGUAGAAGCAUGCAGUGAAUUUUUAGUAAUGCGUUGGAAAAUACACGACUCAGUGUUCAUUGAACUCGGAGUUUUUAUCGUUGCUUUCUACUUUCUGGUAAUCGUUUCGAGCACAUUACCAGUCCCAGCAGGUAUCUUCAUGCCAGCAUUCGUUAUCGGCGCAGCAAUCGGUCGUUUCAUCGGGGAACUGAUGGCACUUGGCUAUCCGAACGGUUUCCGUAACGAUCGGCAAUUACUAAUUCUUCCCGGCAUCUAUUCAGUUGUUGGUGCGGUAUCGUUUUGUGGAGCGGUAACACAUACGGUUUCUGUUUCCGUAAUCGCUUUCGAAUUAACCGGUCAACUGUUACACAUACUUCCUGUCAUGAUAGCAGUGCUGCUGUCAAAUAUUGUGUGCUCAUCACUUCAGCCUUCAUUCUUCGACAGUAUUAUCAAAAUCAAACACUUACCAUACUUUCCAGAUAUUCCAAAAUCUACCUCAUGGGUUCAUGAAAUACGUGUAGAGCAAAUCAUGGUAAAAAAUGUGAAAUUCUUAACGAAACAAAGUACUUAUUACGAACUUCAAGAGUUACUUACCACUACACACAAGUUAAUGGCGUAUCCAUUGGUCGACGAUCCAUCAUCGAUGAUAUUGCUGGGAUCGGUAAGUCGAGAAAAUCUGCUUUGUUUACUGAAUCAGAUCGUAGGGGAUGAAGCUCGACAUGCCGAAUAUUUGCGAAGAAUGCAAUCAAAGAACCAGUUUCAAACCAUGGAAGAUGGAGCUUGUAAAGAUGGAUCUCUUGUUAAUUUCUCCAUUGCGUCGGUUUUUCCAAAAAUUUCAUUUGCGGAAAUCGAGAAACAUGUAAAUACGGAUGAGAUGCAACGAUCACGGACCGGAUCACUAGAAUUGGGCAUCAAUCGAGAGCCGAAAUUGAAGACAUCAAUGAGUGAGUACGAUAUGCGAGAAUCUAAGGAGAGAGAGGAGAAGCGUAGUUUGAAUCAAAUGGGACAAUUGCAUCCCGGACAUGACUUUCGUGAAACUCUUGGCAGUAUGUUCGAAAAAAUUACGCAAACAUUUCGUACUAGGAAAAGAGAAGAAUUGGAAGAUUUAAAUCGAGAAGAACGUCAAAUCUGGGAAAAAGAGCAGCUCAGUAAAGGAAUUGAUUAUUCUUAUACGACAAUCGACCCUGCACCUUUUCAAUUAGUGGAAGAUACGUCGCUGUACAAAGUACAUUCGAUCUUUUCGUUACUUGGCAUACGUCGAGCUUACGUCACUAAGUGUGGUGUCCUCGUAGGUGUCGUGGCUGCAAAAGAGAUAGCAUCAGCAAUUGAACGGAUACAAGCGGGGACUCUCACCGCGGUCACAAAACGACCCGAGGAGGACGAGUACGACAGAAAGAGCGCCACCGAAGCAAUGUUUGACUUCGUGGAAAGUAGUGAAAGUGACACUGACAACGAAGAUAUCAUUUUACCAAGAGUAGAAUUUGACAAAACUACGAGCAGUGAAAUUCUGGAGGCAAAAUUUGCAGCACUGCGAGCUUCAAUUGGAAGAGAAACAUUAACUGAAGAUCGUCGGAAGAGCUAUCCACAUUUUCCGGGAAAAUCUUGUCGAAGUUUUCGGGUACCGAGAUAUGGCAGAAAGAGUUGUGACAUAAUCCUGGAAAAACUGGCAAAUAUGGAUGACCAGUUAGCAAAACAAAACUUUGGUCGCAUGAUCGAAAAAUCCAAAAGAUUUCGAGAUUCGGUCUCUGAAUCUGCAUUAUCGAAAAUUUCUUCUCGGGAAAGAUCGAGCUCAGGCAGUCCAAAUGACCAAUGCAUUAUGUCACCUGACCAAAACUUCGACACGUAUCCAAAAGAGUCUUGUAGUAAUGAAUCAAAUCCAGUGGCGGGGACUUCUGCGCCGCAACAAAGUGCUGUACAAUCGUGUUUUAGUUCCAGUUUAAGUGCUAUGCAUGAUUUGUUUAUUAGGAGUGACCCAAGAUGUGAAACAGGUAGUCCUGUUAACGUCACCACUACCGUCAUGGAAUGCUUUCCGGAACAAAAUUCAUCAACAAGAUUUGUCAAAUCGGAUGCGAAUGCAACAUCCGUGUUAAAGGAUGAAGAAAAACAAUCCGUAACAUUGCCUGACAAUUCUUUUAGUUAA